AUGAGUCAGAAAAGAGGGGGUGGCAGGCCAUAUUUUCCUGGUAGUACUAGUUCACUUGCAAAAGGGAAAAGCUCUGGAGGUUCAGGCUAUGGUAAUAAUAAGAAGGCUGAAGUUGUUCAUCUGGGUUCUAAUUUUGCAGAGCUAAGCCUUGAUUCUGGUAAUGAUACUAAGUGGGAGGUAGUGUCUCGCAACAAGAAUCGAGGCGGGGCAGGUGCACCAAAACAAGGGCGUCCCCAGAAUUAUGCUUCUACAUCCAGGGGCCCAGGAAAGGCUACAGUAGGUGCCUGGCAGGAUAGAAGACAAGGUGGAAGAGGAAUUAUAGAAAGACAAUCUCUCAGUACAGGGAGGGAGAACCAGUACAUGGCACCACCAGCCAAUAUUCCUCCCCCUCUACCACAGGGUUGCCAGCAGGGUGCAGGAGAUGUCCAAGUCCAACCUAAUGUGGUUGGGAAAGCGAAAGAUGAUAUUGACUCUGAGGAUGAUCAAGACAUGAACGAAUACAGCGAUGAAGACAUCUUUUCUGAUGGUUCAAAUCCAGAUGAAAGCCAGAAGAGCCAUGAGAGCCGCAAAAAGAACAAGUUGUUUAAGAAGUUCUUCGACAUCUUAGAUAAACUUAGCCUUGAGGAAACAAAUUCAUCUAUGCGGCGGUGGCACUGUCCAGCAUGCCAAAAUGGACCAGGAGAAAUUGAUUGGUUCUAUGGAUUGCAACCACUAAUGGCUCAUGCUAAGACCAAGGUAUCAAAGAGGGCGAAGCUUCAUAGACAGUUUGCAGAACUCUUAGAUGAGGAGCUAAGCCGGAAAGGAACUUCUGUUGUACCAGUUGGUGAGGUAUAUGGUAAAUGGCAUGGUCUUCGUCAAUCAGUUCCUGAUAAAGAAAUUGUUUGGCCUCCCAUGGUUGUGGUUAUGAACACUUUUCUAGAUAAAGAAGAUGAGAAGUGGACUGGCAUGGGUAAUCAAGAGCUACUUGCUUUAUUUAGUGCAUAUAAUGCUGUAAAGGCUCAGCAAUCCUAUGGUCCGAAAGGGCACCGGGGGAUGGGUCUCCUCAUAUUUGAACGUACACUGACGGGCUAUGUUGAAGCUGUGAGACUCCACAGUCAUUUUAUUAAGGAAGGAAGAGACAGGGAUGCUUGGGAUCGUGGAGGAACUCUAUUCUUUGAAGGUGGAAAACGCAAAUUGUAUGGUUUCAUAGCAAGCAAGGAGGAUAUGGAUAGCUUCAACCGCCAUUCUACAGAUAAGUCAAAGCUGAAAUUUGAAAUGAGGUCAUACGAAGAGAUGGUAGUAAUCCCAUUGAAGCAAAUGGAUGAAGACAAUCAGCAGCUGAAAUGGCUUAUGACUAAGGACGCUAAGAAUCAAAGGAAUGCAAAGGCCAUGGAAGAAACAAUUGGGGUGUUGAGUGAGAGAUUACGAAAGACAGCGAAAGAUAACCGCAUUGUGCGAGAAAGAACAUUAUUGCAAUAUGAACAAAACAAGGAAGAGAUGGAUCAACAAGAACAAUUUUUCAAGGCUCAAAUAGAGAUGAUUCGUCAAGAGUUGGUGGAGAAAGACAGAGUUUUUCAAGAAGAGCAGGCAGAAUGCAGGAAAAUGCAGUUUAAUGUUAUAGAUUCCGGAAAUACCAUAAACCUUAAAAUCAGGGACAAGGAGUUUGAGAAAUUUAUCGAGUCUCAGUCAAAAGGCAUAGAGUUAUUCGAAGCAGAAAAAGAAAGCUUAUUCCAACUGCAUGGAGAGAAGAAAGCAGACCUGAAACGUAAGCAUUUGCAAGAAGCCAAUGACCUGAAAUGUAAGCAUUUGCAUGAAGACGUUGACCUGGAGAAAGAGUUGGAUACAUCGUUGACAGAACUCAUGAACCGGUUCAGUUCUCAAUCCUCUUAAGGAGGAUUCUAUUAUUGAUCAUGCUUGAAGGCAUAAAAUGUAGGGAGGGACAUGCAGGAACAUACGAUUUCCCCUUUUUUGGUCAUAGACUCCCCCUUCUCCUGCAUUUGUCUUUUAUAGUAAUAAAGUAUUAUACAAAGACUUUUAUAGGGAAAAUUCUUAGAGGUCAUAUA